AUGAAUUCUGACAGUGUUCGACUGCGCUUAGCACCAUUCCUGAUCCAGAUUGCAUCAAUGGAGGCACAAGUUGGAGAUCUUCAGAGGCGUUUGGAUUGGGUGUCCCGGGAAAAGACCUUGGAGGACACCUUGCAAAAUGCUGCCCUGGAGAUUAGUGAUGCAGCGCUGCAAAACAUCCUGACCCAGGCGGAAAAGGUGCAGAAACGUGUUGUUGGGCCAAUGCUCCAAGAUCGAGUGGUGCGCCAGGUGACCAAUGAACAGUGGCACGAGUGGCAGGUUCAGGCACAGCAAGGCCAACAGGCCCAUGGUGCAGGUGUUCGCUCAAUGUCUCCUUCCAUAGUCCACAGCAUGUCGCCAGUGAUGUCUGUGCCCACAUUGAGGGGUGCGAUGCCCACCACCCCUGCAUCCUUGCGAUCGAUGUCGCCUGAGCUGGCAGUGUUUUGCAAGACUUCCAGGUCACCGGAUGCCUUGCAUUUCGUGCCGAAUUGGAUGCCAGCUUGGAGUUGGUCGUGCUUCAUGAUGAUGGCCAUUUGCAGCCUUGCGUGGGACCUGUCAACACCACAGGUUGUUUGGCAUUCUGCUGCACAUUCCCCAGGUUCGCUCUUCAUGUCCAAGUUCUACUAUGAACUUCUGCCUCCUGCAAUCAACGUGAUGAUGGGCAUCGCAAUAGCUUGGUUUAGUUUCCAGAAGCUUGAUGGCCACAAGCAGACAUUGGAUCAGAUGGAAUCCUUUGAUUUGAGAAAUGCUCAGUGCACCUUGGAAACGGAUCGGGUAGUACUUCAGAGGCUAGUGCAAGAUCUUUUUGAUGAGGCAUUGGAACCUCCUUUGUCAGUAUCCCUUGAUGCGGGAGAGGUGUCCGAGACGGACACAGAUUCUUUGAGUCCCCUUGUUUUGAAGCAAUCUUUGCAAGACGUUCGUCAUGUCACCAGCUACCCGACGGAAGAAGAAGUCAUUGACCAGUUCAAUGCCUAUGUGAGGGGCCCAUUGCGUGAUAGAGUCAUGAGCUUGAUAGGUCGUGAGAUCGACAUCUCGUUGGAACUGCGCGCGGUAUCCAAUCUGCCGCUCGUACUCCUGGGAGUUUUCCUGGUUUUCAGCUGUGAUCGUCACUCAAAUUGCUCUGGUGCCCUCAUUGAAGGCUACUCGUCGGUGUCUCACUACAUCUUGACUACUGCUGUGGUAAACUGUGUCAUUGUACCCCUUAUUUUGGUUGCCUUUACAUUUCCGCUGGCACUACGUGCCAACCACCUGCUGACCUUGGUCGUCAAGGGGAAGGUGUUGCGCAUGCUUUGCGGAAUAUUUGUCAGCACUCUGGUCUUGGCGUUGAAUAAUGCCUGGGCAGCUGCUGGGGCCGCCGGAAUGAUGGUGAUUAUGUGUGAACCUUCCACGAUAGGCGUGGCUGUCUACUUGGGCCUUGGCUUUCUCAUGUGUUGUUCGGCCUGGUUCCUCCACCCCAACAUGGCGCGAACACAACGCCAGCCAGCUGUGAGCGUAGCGAAGACCUUUUGCUUCGCUGGAUAA